CUUCACCAGAGAGCAAAACCACUUGCAACGCAAGCAAGAAGCAAUCAUGAUGAUUCCACUCCUUUUCAUCUUAAGCACUGUUGCAAUCUCCCCCGUUGCCGGUGGUAUCAGUGCGGCAGCAGUUGAGGCUGGAAUUGAAACAGCUGAUAUGGUGGUAAAACAAGCACGAGAAAUGUGGGUGCACUCAAGAACCAGCGAGAUUAUGAAGACCGAUCAUAUUCCUUACCACUGUAGCUUGGCUGCCAGCUUCAGCAAUCUUACCUCAGAGACGGUCAAGGCUAUGGACGAAGAAUUGCAGAUCAUUAUUGCUGCAACGAAUAGAGUCCUAGCGAAAGCGAGAAAGGACAACAGAGGCAGAAAUAUGACAUUCGAUGAUUAUGUUUACCUUAUGAAGCAAAAUGUAGCCUUGAGAUCAGAUAAUGGUGAAGAUGUUAUCAGAAGUAGAUAUAAAGGUUACAACCAGAUUCGUUUCGCUCAAAAUUCUGUUGAUGAAGAAAUUGUGAAUGAAAUUAUUGAAUGGUUUAAAAAUGAAGUUGUUGUUGAUCCAGACGUUCUGGCAGCCACUAAAAUUGAUAUCGUUGACUUUGGAAAUUUCGUUGCUGCAACUGGUGCAGCUCUCGAUAGUUUGGCAGCACUCUUCGUGAAACGAGAUUACGCAGAACGUAGUGUCGUUGAUCUGGGAAUUAUUCGUUAUCCCGAUCUUGAUCAUCCUUACUUCAAGCUGUUCCGUAUCCAGUUGUUCGCGUACAGGAAGAACGCGAGAAUAUUAGUCGUGCAAAGAGACGAGAGCGGAAUUAAAGGACAAUUUGAAUCAAAGAUUUUCAGACCCAAUAAGACCGUUUUGAAUAGAAUGCAAGACUCAGUGAGACAAAAGGCUAUGAAAGAGGCCCAAGAAGCGUUUCAGUCUUAAGCCCUAAAAGCUUCAUUGUUUAUUUUUUUUCAUUGUGUGAUUUUGUAUUGUGGCGAGGAUUAAGGAUAUAUGAAUGUAUAUACAAAAUAAAACGUAAAAAGGAGUAAAUAUGGAAUCCUUCCUUUUACCGAAAUUUCAAAA